CCCUGACCUCCUUUGUACUACUUCUGUCCUCUCACACCAUAGUUAUUUCCCUUCAUUUCGUGCCAUUCAGAAUUUCAAAUCGUGAAUGAACUCCCACAAUUUUUCCUAACUCCCCCACUUGAUUAACUGUUCAAGCAGCUCCUUCAAUCUCACAUGGCGGCGAUGGCUUCACGUUUCCUCCAUCCCCCGGCUCCUAAACAGUACUUACCGAGAACGCAGAAAACCCAUUUUGUCGCGACCUUCAAACUCUCAUUCUCUUCCCGGGUCGCAUCCGGGAUCCGACCCAGGAAUACAGUUUCGUGCGCGUUGAUAAAACCCGAUGGAGGCAGGCUCGACGUUGGGGAAGAAGAAGAAAAGAAGAAAAGAUGAAAAACCCGAUGGGUUCAUUUUUUUUCAUUUUUCUACUUUUUGCAUAGAGUUUAUGAUAUUUGGAUUCAGAUGCGGACACUGGCGAAGAACAAGGAGAGCCCUCCAGAUGGAUUUAUGUGCCCAAGUGGUUGGAAAGUCUUGGUGGAGUACUAUGAUACCUUGUCAUCUCCAGCAGAAAAUGAAAGAGUUCUUCCUGAAGCUGUCUCGGUUUGAAAGGUUUGACGAAAUAUGCAUUCGGAAAAAUAUUGCAUGCUAUAACACUUCCCAUGUGGAUAGUGUACUUGUAUAUAACAUGACGAUUCCUUGAAAGAUCAAGUAUUGGUGUGCUCAGGCGUCCAUCGGGGUUUUAAUCGUCUAGCAAGAUCUCAAUUGUUCAUUUGAUCACAUGUUGUAAUAAAACGUCAUGAAUGGCUUCCUACUGCAGUCAGCCCCAAUAUAUACUACGUAUUUUCUUUAAAUGUCAGCUUGUAAUGGCACUGGAGAUAUUCAUGAGGUGAUUGAAAUGGGAAAAGUUGCAAAUAAUAUCUUUAUGCUUGUUUUGACAUAAAGAUUGGCCCUAGGAAAAAGCCUUUUGUACAACUAUAUUUAUUCACUUUUCUUGUAA